CAUUUAUGUGUCAUUAACUUACAUUGGCUCAAAGUCUUAUUUUUGGCCAAUGGCGUUUGCCGUAUUAUUGUAGCUUUGUGAACGACUCUGUGUCGACUAUUUGUUUUGCAAUGUCCCUGUCUGACAAGGAAUGGGAUGACUUGAAGCUGCUCUUGGACAAGGCAGUGAGUAAGUUCCUGGGCUUUAGUGAGCCUUCACUUGUAACGGCGGCCCUUAAGUGCAUCGACAAUGGCUACGAUGAAAAGAAAACUGCAGAUAAAUUGCAGACGUUUUUGGAUGAGAAGCAAGCACCAAUGUUUGCUGAGAAACUGUUUGAUGUUUGGGGAGAUUACAGAUCUUCCAGCAAGUCUUACAAGAGUAAACGCAAAAAGGAUGAUUAUGACGAGGGGCGUGAUGAUACUAGAAAGAAGACCAAGUUCACGGAAGAACCGAGUGAGAAUGAGGGGCCAAGUCCUGGACAGCUCACUGAAGAAAAGAUCAAGGAGAUGAUGCAGAAUGCCCAGAAGAUGAUCCAGGAGCGUAAGGCACAGAUCAUGGGUACUAGCAAACCUGCACCCCCACCCACUCAGGCCCAGAAGUACAUGGAGGAUGCUAAGGACAAGGCCCAGCGUGCCAAUGAGUUGCAGGCUCAGAUCCAGGCCCGGCUCGCCAGCAUGGCCGGUAUGCCUGGGCUCCCUGCCCCCAUGAAGGGCAUGCCCCCUGUGAAAGUGCCAGAGGUGAAACUGCCACCCGAAGUACACAGCAGAGCCCAGCCAAUGUCACAACCCACACCCCUGAUAUUGGACUCUGAAGGACGGACUAUUGAUGCUAAAACUGGCCAGGCUGUCACUCUAACCCACUAUGCUCCAACUCUCAAGGCCAACAUUCGAGCCAAGAGACGGGAACAGUUUAAAGGGUUGAUAGAUGCACCUCCAGAAGAGAUCAGUGCAUCUAAAUACUUUGACCCUCGUGUCAGCAUUGAGCAGCCACAGAGACAAAAACGUGGUUUCCGCUUCCACGAGCAAGGCAAGUUUGAACAGUUGGCUCAGAGAUUAAGAACAAAGGCCCAGCUGGAUCGACUGCAGAGCGAGAUUUCCCAGGCUGCCAAGAAGACAGGCAUUGCCUCCGCAGCUAAACUGGCAACAUUGGCUCCCAAGAAGGAACUGGCUGCUGGAGAAAUCCCAGAGAUAGAAUGGUGGGACAGCUAUAUUGUCAGGACUGUAAACUCGUAUACUGAUGUGGGUCUGGGGGAGGAACUGCGGGCCAGACUGGAGGGAAUAACACACCUUGUGGAACAUCCCAUACAGAUGAAACCACCGGCGGAGCCAGAGAAAGAGCCAAUCAUGCCAGUUUUCCUCACAGCUGCAGAGCGCAAGAAACUGCGGAGACAGAACCGCCAAGAGGCCCAGAAAGAGAUACAGGAGAAAAUACGGCUGGGGUUGGCGCCUCCACUGGAACCCAAAGUGCGGAUGGCAAACUUGAUGCGAGUUCUGGGCUCUGAAGCUGUUCAGGACCCCACCAAGGUAGAGGCACAUGUCAGGGCACAGAUGGCAAAACGACAGAAAGCUCAUGAGGAGGCAAAUGCAGCAAGAAAACUCACAAAGGAACAGAGGCGAGAGAAAAAAAUUAACAAAAUCAAAGAAGACACAUCCCUUGGGGUACAUGUAUCAGUCUACAGAGUGAAUGAUCUGAGCAAUCCAGCCAAGAAGUUUAAGGUGGAGACAAAUGCCAACCAGCUCUACAUGACUGGGGUGGUCGUUUUGUUCAAGGACUGUAAUAUAGUGGUCGUCGAAGGAGGUCCCAAGCAGCAGCGAAAGUUUAGAAGAUUAAUGCUGACUAGAAUAAAAUGGGCGGAGGAUAAGCAGAAGAAAAAGAAAGAAGAUGAUGAAGUGGAGGAAGGGCCAGCAACCAGUAACAAAUGUGUUCUAGUGUGGGAGGGUACAACGCAGCAGCGUGCCUUUGGAGAGAUGAAAUUCAAGGUAUGCCCAACAGAGGCCUUUGCUCGGGAACAGUUCCGCAAACACAACGUUGAGUCGUACUGGGACCUCUCGUUUAGUGGGGCAGUCCUGGAAACAGCCGGAGAGGAGCUGUGAAAGUGGGGAGGAUGAUGUAGAGACUUGUUGACGGAGAAAUGUUAUAAAUGGAAUCAAGGGUUUUAAAAGUAUUGUUGAUGCUUAAUUAACAAUAUUUUACCGUUGACCUUUAUUGAUGGUUUCUUGGAAAUUAUGGGCUCUUCAACACAUGUAUGUUUUAUAUCCUGGUGACUCAAGGGCCAUGGCAGAUAUAAUUCAAACUUGCAUUUAUGCAUGUUUCUUUAGUUGACAGACCCAUUUUUAUGUGACAGUAUGUUACUAUUGUAUUGCACAAGAUUGAAGUAAGUACAGAGAACAAAGUGUACUUGUUUAUUUAUGGAGAAAAAAAGCCAACACAUUUUAAGUUUUAAACUCUUGCCAGGAAUACGUUUUCUGGUUUGAUUGUUAUUGAUUGAUGUCUUUGAAGUACAUAAAAGAUAGACUUCAGUAAGAUAUACAUGUAUGUAGCAAGUAUUCCACAAACAUGUGAUGUCCAUUAUUUUGCUGUUUAAAAACAAGCGGAAAAUAAAUGAUCCAUUAAUGGGGACAUUGCUUUCAAAGUGUAAAACUGAAUGCUGAAUUCCAAACACCAGAUAUGUGUGAGGAAGUAUAAACUAUUCUUGCCUUACCUGAAAACUGGAAAAGUAUUUAUUACGGAA